ACGACGUGACAAACGAGAGAUUCGUCGCACAGCCAUGGCCUCCGGUCUUCACUUCCUGCUGCUGCUGCUCCUCUGCAGCGUCUCCUCUGAGGCUCGCCUCAGGAUCUUCGAGAUAUCAGCCAGCGACCUGCCUUCAGACAUCUUCGGGAUCACCGACGCGUACAUCAAGGUGUCCGUCGGCUCACAAUCGCUCGGCCAGACAAAAGUGAAGGACAACCAGGUGAACCCCUGGUGGGAGGAGGAGUUCUACUACUCCUAUGCCCAGCAGGACGACGUGCUGAGGCUGGAGGUGCACGACGAGGACACGUUCUUCGACGACCUGCUGGGGAUCUGCUCCAGGCAGCUGCAGUACGGAACGCACCGCUUCGACUGCUUCCUGGAGGAAAAAGGAGUCCUCCAUUACAGCUACACUCUGGACAGCCAGUAGGCUCGUCGACGCUGACGCGACCUUUGACCUUCUCAAAUGUUCAUG